AUGUUGUGCAGUGCCAAAGUACAGAGAACUAGUGAACUCGAUAGAAAAGAAAAUAUGUUACGCAUGGUCCAAAAUGUUCGUGCUACCAGGGGAUUUUACUUGGAACCCUAUGUAACUUCCUUACAAGCGUACGCCAACUACACCAAUGCAUCUAAAAGCCCCGUUAAUUUACCUAAACUUCCAGUUCCAAAAUUAAAAGAUACUUUAGAAAGAUAUUUGGUGUCCGUAAAACCAUUUUUGAAUCUGAAACAGUAUAAUAAAACCACGCUCUUGGUUAAAGACUUUGAGCAAGGCUUGGGAUCGCAAUUGCAAGCUUUGUUGGAGAAAAGAGCGGCCGAACGUGACAAUUGGCUUGAAGAAUGGUGGCUGGCCGCGGCUUACUUGGAAUAUCGGGACCCGCUACCAGUGUACUCAAGUCCUGGUUUAUUGCUUCCUUACGGCUCAGUAAAAAAAGCUAGUCAACAGUUGGAAUUUGCAGCAAAGGUUUUGUUAGGAACACUGGAAUACAAGGCUAAAAUAAACAGCAACCAAUUUCCUCAGGAUAUGAUGGGCAAAAACCCUUUGGAUAUGGAUCAGUACAAAAAAAUAUUUGGCACUUGUAGGAUACCGUUUGAGAAACGAGAUAAAUUGGUGUACCACAGCAAUAGCCGACACAUCAUUGUGCUCCAUAACAACCAUAUCUUUCGCGUUGACCUCUGGGGCGAGGAUAAUGUACAACUUAACGAAAAACAAAUUAUAGAACAAUUAAUAUUUGUAAUGGAUAAUUCCCAAUUGCAUAAUGAGUAUGGAGUGGGUAUUCUAACGUCAGAACAUCGCGAUAACUGGGCCAAAUCUUACCAGAUUAUCAUGAAAGAUAGUACAAACCAAGAACAUAUGAAAGACAUUCACGAGAGUCUUGUAGCCUUGUGUUUGGAUGCUCCCUGCGGCUAUUUGGCAUCUGAAACAGAUGAUUAUCUUAGAAGCCGCGGUGGGGCUCAGACGAUUCAUGGCGGGGGAUCGCAGUCUAACGGUGGUAAUCGUUGGUUUGAUAAAACCAUUCAGUUUAUUGUUGGUGCUGAGGGAUUAGCAGGCAUGUGUUAUGAACAUUCACCAGCAGAUGGCCAGCCCAUUGCCUUCCUUACGGAUUUUCUUGUUGAUUAUAUCAACAAACACCAAGACACUUCACCGCCGUCGAAGAGUCCUAUAAAGCCAAAAUAUUUGGCAAUCAAGGUUACAUCUGAGUUGGAGCCUUUUAUUCGUGAGGCUGAACAAAAUUUAAAUACAUUAGCGAAUAAUCUUUUCUUACACUGCUUCAAGUUCACAAAAUAUGGCAAAAAGUUUAUUAAAUCACAAAAACUAAGUCCAGACAGUUAUAUACAAAUGGCCGUGCAGUAUGCUUUCUAUAGGUUACAUAGAGAACCGGGUGCUCAUUACGAAUCUGCAUCAACAAGAAUGUAUAAAGGAGGACGAACAGAAACCAUUCGGUCAUGUUCUACAGAAUCUGUUGCAUUUGCACGUAGCAUGUUGGAUUCUUCUAAAACGGCGAAAGAAAGAAUUGAUGCAUUAAAGACUGCUGUCAGUGGACAUAAAAAUUAUACGAUACAGGCACUUCAGGGAAAAGGUGUGGACAGACAUCUUUUAGGUUUAAAACUAAUCGCAUUAGAAAAUGGAUUAGAAAUACACGAUUUGUAUAAAGACAUCAGCUAUAAAAAAAGCACACAUAUGAGAAUAUCAACCAGUCAGGUUGCUUUUAAGUCUGAAGCAUUUAUGUGCUACGGUCCGUUAGUAAAUGAUGGAUAUGCAACAUGUUACAAUCCACGCAAUGACAAUAUCAUAUUUGGUAUAUCUACCUUCAAAGAUGAUCCUGACACUGCUCUUUUUGGAUACAAAGAAGCCUUGGAAAAAUCUCUAGAAGAUAUGCAAAACCUUUUUGUACAAAAUACUCCUUCUAAGCUUUAA